CUCGAACUGGGAAAAAUCAUUAAGCCAAGGACCUGUCCAGCAAGCAUUGUAAGGGAAAAAUAACCUCUUCACUCGUCCGUCUUCAUUCGACAACAAGCACACAAGACAAAGUAGAAAUGGCUGGUGAAAGAAGGGUCUUUGUUUUACCAUCUGAGCUCGACUUACCCGACUUUGAGGUCAUGAUGGAGGACAUGCCUCAAGCAUCAAACGUGGGAGUGCCGGAUGGUAGAAGAUACUUCAUAAUUCGAUUUAGAGUAAGAGGAUUUUUUCUUCUUUGUUUUCUGGUUAUUACAGCUGGAUUCCAGUGAUGAAG